GAUUUGACUGCUUGUGCAUGUGUGGCUGCAUAAGUACCUAUCCGAGACAUACAAACGCUUGAAUCUCACCGUAAAACUCCGGCUCAAAUCAUAUUGUGCAAAAUGACAAAGCGACCGGAGAUUCCUCGCCCUCCCAAAGCAAGCUCUAGGUUUAUCGGGAUGCUAAUUAUCCAUUCAAUGCCUUUUUUUUCUUGUGAUAAUAGAUGAAAAGGGGCGGAAAAGGGGUAUAAUUCGUCAUCACGUGAUUGGUUGCUGCUUGCUGAGUCAUGUGCUCCAGUCGCGAACGGGCGGCCCCGGACCGGCUCUAAUAAGUCUCGGCCGUUCAAACUUUCAACUUUCAUUUAAGCAUGAGUCUUUUUAUUGAGUCCUAGAUAUAUCUGCCGAAAUAUCUCAAGAAUUACCAAGGCAUCUCUGGGAAAGGUCGAGAAUUAUGUUCAAGGAACUUCUCGACGCCUACGGGCGAUAUGGAUCUGAUCAGGCAUCAGAAUCGGCUCUUCUAGAUCUAGUCAAACGACUAAUACCUGAAAAGGUUACGGCACAAGAUCUGAACAUCUUUUUAUCGGAAGAUAGAGAUGAACCUGAUCAUGUUGCUGUGCUCUGGACCACAUCCAUCAUCACUACGAAGAUCAGCGAGGACAUCAGGGAUGGAGCAAUCGACACUGGGGAUGAACUAUCCAGCGUUUUCCUCGAGAUCACGGACCAAGUCAGCUCUCUAAUGCUGCCCAUUUGCUCAGGUGCCUCGCCAGAUGAAGAUACGACGAACUAUGCGGCACUUCGUCGCAAGGCGAAUUCUGGUAUAAAAAUACUUAAUAAGCUCGCCAAUCUACCUUUACAAGCACCACUGCGUUUCCAGCCCUCUACGCUACUCCGCUUGGCCGCAUUCACGGAUUCCGCAGACCCCUGGUCAACAUCAUCCGAUGCAGCCAGAAAGCUCCUCGAGGCGCAACUGCAACAACUUGAUGACGCCCAGAAAAAGUCACUUAUCGGUGAUGAAAUUCUAACAAAGUUUCUCCGACCGCUAUUCUCCAAAUCCCGGCCAGCGGCCAUAACAGCAUCUGGGCGCAAAGCGGAGUACGUCGAACAAUCGCGCUACGACAACGCCGACCGUGAAACUCCCGAGACUAAGCCCUGGAAAUAUGCCCAUCGGUAUGCGAUCGCGGUAUUCGCGUGGGCAGUGCAGUAUUCAGAUACCACCCUCCUCCAAUCCCACUGGCCGCUCUUCACACCCGUACUCCUAGCACUCCUCGAUGAGUCUACGGUUACCAUCAAAAUUCGGGCUCUGGCCAUUUUACGCACCUUCUGGGCACGCUGUCCUCCGGGUUUAAUGCGCAAUACGGGACUCGCCGACGUCUUCGAGCAAGCCGUCUUCCCUGCCGUUCUACACCUACCUACCUUAACACCCGAGGACGAGUCACUGCAAAUCCUCAGCGCCGCAUAUCCCGUGUUAAUCGAGAUGGCUGGCCUCAACUACCCUAGCUCAGAUCUAGAAGCAAAACAGCCACAACAAAUCACCGAAGAUCAACGAAAGCUAAUAGACAAGAUUGUCCGAGAAGGUGUCAUGGUCGGGUAUCACCAUGCGAAAGAGCACAUCCGACUCGUCGGUCUAUUCUGCGAAACACUCGUCUGCAUUGUGAAUGGAAUGGGUAUAAUAGCAGUAAAAUAUCUCAAGGAUUUCAUCCCUAUGAUCUCAGAGAUCAUGACGGACCCUUUCGGGACCAAGCAUCCACCGACCCUCGUCUCGGCUACUCAAUUGCUGCAAACCAUUUUGCGCACGUGCUGGCCGAGAAUCCCGCACCAUUGCAAUGAGAUAUGCAAGAUCCUUAUGCUCUGCUGGCUCAACGUUAAUAACGAAGAAUCAUUUUCGAGCGAAAUCUCCACUGCGACCAACUUAAAAGCAGAACUAAUUAAGACAGGUCAAAUGCUCUCCGCAGUCAUGAAGACAACCGCCAAGGAAAACUUAAGCAAACGCGUCAGUCCCCUGAUCGAAAAGGAGCCACAACUAAACGAGCUCUUCGGAGACAUCAAAGCAUCUUGAAGCAACCUCAUUCUUCCAAUUCAUGCUCAAAACAAGAAUCCAUUAAGGGG